UCAAAGCUGAGGGCAGGAGAGAGGAACCCCCGGUCCGCGCAGUUUGCCUCCACGCCUCCCACUCCACUUCCUAUAUUGUCACGUUCUGUUUGAGCACGAGGAUCUGUUCGAAGCAGAAUGACAGGAGAGCUGCGGGACGACGAGACGGAGGAGGAGUAUCUGCAUUCGUUCAUCCGGAAACAAGGGAACAUUUACAAACCGAACAACAAAGACAUGGAAAACGAGAGUCUGAACGAGAAGGCGAUGGAGGACGUCCACACCAAGGAGAUCGACCUGGUCAACAGGGAUCCGAAGCGCAUCAACGACGACGUGGUCAAGGUGGACUUCGAGGACAUCAUCGCAGAGCCUGCGGGAACAUACAGCUUUGACGGCGUGUGGAAAGCUAGCUUCACCACCUUCACCGUCACCAAGUACUGGUGCUACCGGCUGCUGACGGCACUGGUCGGCAUUCCCCUGGCACUGAUCUGGGGAAUCUUCUUCGCCAUCCUUUCCUUUGUCCACAUCUGGGCCGUGGUGCCGUGUGUGAAGAGUUACCUUAUCGAGACCCACUGCAUCAGCCGCGUCUAUUCCAUCUUCGUCCACACCUUCUGCGACCCGCUGUUCGAGGCCAUGGGCAAGUGCUUCAGCAACAUCCGGCUCCGCACGACAAAGGAAGUGUAAAUGCACGAGAAACACGAGGAAAGAGGAGGAUUCAUUGCAAAUCACAGGAGGGAGGAAAAAGUGAGAUGGAGAGAAAAGUUAGGGAAGGGGAAAAAAUGUAGACCUCUGAAAAAUACGAGGUUGAGGGAUGUUUGGAGGGGAAGAGGCGAGGUCACCCGUCACCUGGCCCAGCCUCUCUGUCUUCUCUGUUUUUUCUCUCCAAGGAGGCUUAGCCAACCAGAUGGGCACUCAAAAAAUUCAAAGGGUUAUUCUUCUGGGUUUUUCUCGAGGUUUUGGCUUUGUGUAUGUGUGUGUGUGUGUUUAUUUUUUAGUGCUGUUUCUUUUAUCAAGCAAACAGUCGACAAAGCAUCGUAUCCUCUCAUUAGACUCGUUCCGUGUGUAAUCCGUGUUUAAGAUGAGGAGGUCAGGGUCUGCUGCUGUUGUUCAUGUUUGCUGUUUUUGGGGCCGGUAGUCCGGGGCGGGAUGGUUAGGCUCAAAGCGAGGGCUGAGGGGGGGUCGCUGGGGUCAAACCGGAGACAAAGGGCAAGCACUGCUGGAUUCUGUCUGACUCCGCAAACGCUCGCUCGCUCAGAGCAGCACAGCAACAACCUGCUGCCUUUCCAUAGCCUCCCAGCCCCCCAAAAACAUCCUCAUUCACCAACCAUUCCUCCUUAGCCCCGUCUCCUUUUCUCCAGCAGUCUGACACACUGAACCCACCCAUCUUGCUUGCACUCACCUGUGUUUCCUCGCCGUCCGCCACGCCCACCAUGCUUCCUCGACUUGCAGAAAGCCGUUUCCUGUAAGCACCCCCCCCCAGCCCCCCCGCCCCGACCACCACCAAACCACCGCCUUGUUCCAACACCACAUUCCCUCUCUGCACCACAGAUUUCACCACCAGUGCCUUCAUAGCCACAGAUAUGUGUGUGACAGGAUAUUCUGCUUAUGUGCCUUCAGGUUUUUUUUUCACAUGUUUUUAGGGAAAUUUCUACCUUUUAUUGUUCACACUAUUUACAAUCCCAGAGUGUUUUUGAACAUGAAGAGCUUUGAGGGUUUUUUAAGUGUUAUGUUAAAUUGUUUUAAUAUUCUACAUGCGCCAUAUAUGUGGUUAUGUAAAAAAAAAAAAAAAAGAAUAGCCUUGUAUUCCAGUGCACUAAUCUCUGGGAAAGUAUUAA